GCCUCUGAGGGAAAUGAAUUAAACGAUUAUUCUUUCACUAAUCACCCCAUCUAUCUCAACGACCCAAUCAGGGCAGUAAUCAGUUCCUGACAAGGCAGGAGAGAAAACAAAUGGGUCUAUGGAGUCAGUGUGUGGGCUCAUCUGGCACAAAGACAACAUAAUGUAACACAAAUUUACCCGGAUACCAGCCAUAUAAGCAGACAGGGAUCUUCUCACCUCACCGCCGGAGAAUCCAUUUAUGGAGAGAGUGUGACCGGAAUUCCGAAUGAUGGGACCUUUUCUUUUUCCUGUACAGGAGGCGAGAGCGGCGUGAAGCGCGCGCUGAUGUUUGCGAUAGGUGUGAAAAUAAAAUCCACAAAAUUCAGAUCCGUGAGACUUUUGCAAUUAUUUAAACCCAAACGUGUCACUUUAAGUGUUUCCACGUUUCGUCACGACAAGCUCCACCAGACCUAUUUCUGGAGUUCCCUCUGUUUCUCUCUCUCGCUCUCUUUUUUUUUUUUUUUCAAAUCCCAAGUCCAUAUUUGGUAAAUGACGUAACGGGACACCCAGAGAUUCCCUUUAUAACCAUACUGCACCAUCCAGGAGCUAUUUACAAGAGAUGAGAGGCGGAACAGACAAAAUGAAGGAAAAUAUUCAUAAUGUUUGAGAAUCGGUCAGGCUGCAAAUUGGAGAAACCGACUCGAAUAUAUAAUUAGCCGAAAUCUCCAUCUCAGAGACAGAAUGACCGCUAAACUAGUUGAUGAGGUUUCUGCGUCUCUCAGCAGGAUUGUAGAUGGUAUUCCUAAAGAUAUGUACACAGCGGAGGGGGGGCUGUCUUCACAGACCUCGAUUGUUUUUAAAGAAGAGGCUGUAGGGGAGGAAGAACAUGAAGGGAAACCUGAUGAGGAUGAAGGCGGAAAUCUUCUGUUCGACGAGAAGAGCGCACCUGUGCUGCCUCUGCAGGGCGACUUGGCGCAGUACGUGGCAACUUUACGCACGCACCCCGUGGCGUUCACCGGCAAGUUCUCGGUGGAUUCCAGAGGCGCGGGAGGACCGUGGACACCGGGGGACGUCAUCAACGUGGUCAGCGCUGACAUCGCCACCCCGGGUCCGGCCGCCUUGUCAGGAUCGCCUCCGGCUUCUCCCGAUAUUUACGCAGGAGGAGGAGGAGGAGGAGGAGGAGGAGAGGUAGUGGACGCGGGGGACGGCACCAUGGCGCACGGCCCGCCGGACAUCAGCCACAUGUACGCGCCCCCUCACCCGCACCCGCACCCGCACACCCACACCCACCCACACCCGGCCCCUUCCUACUCCUGCAGCGGGGACAUGUACCAAGACCAGUCGGCGGGGGGUUACCUGGCGACGUCCACGUGCGCCGUGGCCUACCACCCGCCUCCGACCUACAACUCAGCGCCCAAACCGACCGUUGACGGCGCCGCGCUGCUCUCCAUCAUGCCCGAGUACGGGGGCUUCUACCAGCAGAGCUGCCAGAGAGACAUCCAGACGGCUUUCCCGGAGAGGAAAUCCCUCCCGUACGCGCUGGACUCCCUCAGGGUGCCCCCGCCUCUCACGCCUCUCAACACCAUCAGGAACUUUACGCUCGGCGCGCCCUCGCCGGCCUCCGACGGUCCGAUGGCCGCUGCUUUCCCCAGCCACCAGAACCUCCCUCUCAGGCCGAUCUUGAGACCCAGGAAGUAUCCGAACCGGCCGAGCAAGACGCCCGUCCACCAGAGGCCCUACCCAUGCCCGGCGGAGAGCUGCGACCGCAGGUUCUCUCGGUCGGACGAGCUGAGCCGGCACCUGCGCAUCCACACGGGCCACAAACCCUUCCAGUGCCGCAUCUGCAUGAGGAACUUCAGCCGCAGCGACCACCUGACCACCCACAUCCGCACGCACACCGGGGAGAAACCCUUCUCCUGCGACCAGUGCGGGAGGAAGUUCGCCCGGAGCGACGAGAGGAGGAGGCACAUGAAGAUUCACCUGAGGCAGAAGGAGAAAAAAUCCUCUGCGUCCUAAUCCUCACCGCGCACGACCCCGAUGCUGCUGAAUGUAAACUUUUCUCAAUUUGAACACGAGCUGUACGGGCUCCCGCCACACUCCGCCUGUCAACAGAGCCCAAACUUUAUCAUUUAGUUCACUGUUCUCAGAAAAGUGGAGGGAAACUCUUCCGAAGCCAUAUCUGCAAAAUCAGGGAGAAUCAAAACCCCCAUGAUGCGUUUGGACAUUUCUUCAUUAUUUAUCACAUUAACUAAAACACAAUUCCUCACUCGUCAAUCACUGCUCCAGAUUAUUAACAGAAAUUGUAAAGGGAUUUUGGUUUAUAAUAUAAAGCAGAUGGUGUGUCAGUGUGUUUUCAGAAUGUGUGCCAGAUUGUGCCCAACUGCUACAGUUUCCUUUAGUGCUCUGUGGCAAGGCAUUUUGUGUCUACACUCUGUGCUUCAUGCUCUCAGGGAUUCAAUUACAAUUCAGGCUGCAAAGAUGAGACCAGAAUCCUGCAAGUUAACUGAAUCUGUGCGCUGCAGGACAGUUUACUGCUGCUGCUGCUGCUGCUGCUGCUGCACAGCCCCCAAGUUGUGGGUGGUUUCUUGGUUUCAACUGCAGUUAGAUGCACAAAAUCUAUUUUGAGAAAAAUAUAAAAAGUCACACCAGUAUUCGAGGGGAUUUUUUGACCCUCACUUAAUUCUUUGAAAACAGCUUCACUUGAAUGGCCCGUUCACCAAAUCAAA